AUGUCCCGGAUUUUUGAACUUGAAUAUUCCGACACCAUCACCGUUUAUCGUCUCUUUUCGCUCGCUAUGACGUCUCAUCUACUCUCUGGUGCCUCGACACCGCCCUGUCUAGUUACUUCCUCGAUCUUUGGCGGUGCUCAACAAGCCAAGCUGACUAGUAUUUCCGAGACUAGCUUUGGGAUGCAGUGUGAGAUUGUGUGUGAAAGGCCAGCAGCUAAGGUUAUAUUUGAAGGGAUCAGCUUUGACCCAAAAUCAUUCAGGAGGAACGAGCAACUUACCCAGGGGGGUCACCUGGCCGUACAUACAGUAACCGUAUGUGAGACCCUGUUACUAGCCGUUUAUGGUAGAGGCGCAGAUGGCGCAGAGGGCACAGAGGGAAUAGAGGGCGCAGAGGCUUUAGGUCAAUCUGCCUCUAAGAAGGCGCCUGUUCACUAUCCUAUGCUCCGUAAACGGCCCGUUCUACUCUGUACAGUACAGAAUACGAUCUUCAAUUCACCCGUUAUGGAUACAGUUAGUAAUUGCAAGCGGUUUGAACAGUACAGCACACCGUACAGCCUCAAAACUACUCCGCUAAUUUACUACCCUUUGGUUACACGUUCGCUAGGGGCUGUUGCAAAGGCUGACCAGGCCGGUUCUGCCAGCGUUGACUGUCCAACAACCAAAUGCAGGUACCCUGACUUCACCUCCCUGACAGUCUGCUCAAGAUGCGAAGAAGAGACUGUUCGAAUCACAGGCUUCAACUGUACAGGUUUCUGGUCUUACUCAGAAGGAAAUACACCAUGUUUUCACCAAAGGGCGGAUAAAGGCUUCCUGAAAUUCUAUAUAGACAUACUAGUGGGAAAUUUUGAACUCCUCAAACUCGAACGGAGGAUGAAUGGUGGAAUUCUUAACGACCAGCGAGGAGCCUUUGAAACUUGCAAAUACAACCCUUUCUUCCUUCACGUGCUUCAACUUGACGACGGAUUUCACCUUGCACAACUAUGGCUGAGGAAUCCAUAUAAACGACAGAAAUCGAAGAUACUGCGCUCCUACUCCUUAACGAACUAG